AAACUAGAGAACUAAAAGAAUUUGCAAAGAAACACUUGUCAAUCGAUUUUAGAACAAAACUCGUAUGCAAAUACAUUGAGCGUUAUCGAAGGUAGUUUUGUUGGGAAGCCUGAAAACACUGCGUCUGCGAGUGGCACCAGUUUUGGCCCUUUGUUUAAUGGUUUGGUUGGUUGCAUGAAAGAAAGGGCGUGGCACACGAGAAAAACGGGUUUCUCAUGUUGCUAGGUUUGGUUGUGCCCAUUCCUAUCCUAAAUCCCAAUCCCAUUCUUCAUUCUCACGCGAGUUGACUCACCAAGAACUCCGACUCACAACUCGCUCACUCUCGCUCUUCUUCUUCAACCUUCCUUCGCCAUGAUUUCCAAUCGCAACGAAACCUUAUAAUCGAAUCCUCGAAAAUGAUGAAUCAGGACCACCUCGACGAACCUCCAAUGCUUCACGCUUCCCAAGACGAUGAAAUGGAGUCGCUGAUCCUCGACGACGAAAUCCACCACCACUCUCAAACGCCGCAAAGCCCUAAUUCCCCUUUCAAUUCCUUCCUCGACCCUCCCUCCUACGCCGACGCCGUCUUCACCUCCUUCGAUUCCAACGGUCACGACCAAGCCCUAGAAAACCCCAUCCUAUCCGGCUCCGACUACCUCCACAUCUCCGUCACCGAUCCUCAGAAGGAACAGGACCUCGCGAACUCUCUCGUUCCCGGCGGCAACACCUACUACACCUACCUCAUCACAACUCGAACCAAUUUGCCCGAAUUUGGAGGUCCUGGCUCCGAAUUCACCGUCCGGAGAAGGUUCCGCGAUGUCGUGACGCUGUCGGACCGGUUGUCCGAGACUUACCGGGGGUUUUUCAUUCCGGUGAGGCCAGACAAGAGCACGGUGGAGAGUCAGGUGAUGCAGAAGCAGGAAUUCGUGGAGCAGAGGAGGAUGGCGGUGGAGAAGUACCUGAGGAAAUUGGCGAUGCACCCUGUGAUUCGGAAGAGUGAGGAGCUGAGGCUGUUUCUGGAGGCUAAGGGGAAGCUGCCGCUGGCAAAAACCACCGAUGUUGCGUCGAGGAUGCUCGACGGCGCCGUUAAGCUUCCGCGGCAGCUGUUCGGGGGAGAGGGUGUGGCCACGGCGGGGGGUGAUGACGUGGCUCAGCCUGCUAAGGGUGGGAGGGACUUGCUCAGGAUUUUCAAGGAGUUAAAGCAGAGUGUUGCCAAUGAUUGGGGUGGUACAAAGCCAUUGGUUGUGGAGGAAGAUAAGGAGUUCAUGGAAAGGAAGGAUAAGUUGAUGGAGUUUGAGCACAAUCUUAGCAAUGUUUCUCAGCAGGCUGAAUCCCUUGUCAAGUUUCAACAAGACAUGGGUGAAACAAUGGGUGAACUAGGGUUGGCUUUUGUAAAACUCACUAAAUUUGAGACGGAAGAAGCAAUAUUUGAGUCUCAGAGAGUAAGAGCUGCGGACAUGAAAAAUGUGGCAACUGCAGCUGUUAAGGCAAGCAGGUUAUAUAGAGAGCUGAAUACACAAACAAUCAAACAUUUGGAUAAACUACAUGAAUACCUUGGAACAAUGCUAGCGGUCAACAAUGCAUUUUCUGACAGAUCAAGUGCAUUAUUGACAGUUCAAACACUGUCAUCAGAACUAGCUUCUUUACAUUCACGGGUUGAAAAGCUUGAAGUUGCUUCAUCCAAAAUAUUUGGCGGAGACAAGUCUAGGAUGCGGAAAAUUGAAGAGUUAAAAGAAGCCAUUCGGGUUACCGAGAAUGCUAAAAUUUGUGCAGAUCAAGAGUAUGAACGAAUAAAGGAAAAUAAUAGGAACGAACUUGAACGAGUUGACAGAGAGAGGCAUAGCGACUUCCUAAGCAUGCUGCGAGGGUUUGUUGUCAAUCAAGCAGGCUAUGCAGAGAAGAUGGCAGCUGUGUGGGAGAAGCUUGCAGAAGAAACGACCGCUUACUCAAGAGAUAGCAGCUAAAAUGUAAUGUAGCACAGAGAUACUUUUAUACUUUCUACAUUAGGUGAACUUUUAAUUUUAACCCUUGAGAGUUGUUGUACAUGAAAAUAUCCUCCUAUUAUUUUUGUCCGACAUUCAAGAUUUCGAUGUAUUUGGAUUACUUUUUGGUCGAGGACUUUCCAGUUUUAUUUUGUUCAUUAUUUUAUUUUAUAUUUUUGCGUUUCCGACUUGUGUCAAAACAUUGGGCUUGUGCUGUUGAUUGUUUGAAGAAUAGAGAAUUGAAAUGAGGU